UGCUUACCAACAAGAGAAGAGAAUGUGGAAAUUGGACCAUAAAUGUAUGGACAUUUCUAUGUUAACACUCAUCACGGCAACUAUUUAUCAUCCCCUUCUUUGUUUCUUUAGCGUUCUCUCUCUCUCUCUCUCUCUCUCUGGUGAAGAGAAUCAAAGAAAAUUGUUAACUUUUGGACGCCUUUGACAUUUCAAGGUGCAAGGGUCUGCUCUAUACUGUAGCAUAGACUUGAGCAAACUUUCUUUCUUCUCCAAUUAAGGCCCACGAGCUGGUUUACAUCUUUUAAUGCAGAAAGACUUUUAAUUUGUAAAAGUGAACUGAUUUAUAGACCAACGUGAGUCGCUUCAAGGUGAAGGCUCACUGGUCAAAAGCACAAAGGUUUUAUCCUUCUGAACUAUGUCAGGCUCUCUACUAUGUUCAGACACUGUUAACAGCUGCUAAUGAUCACUUUGUGGGUACGGGUUCUGGUUAGCUAUAUUACAUGAAGACAAGUCCAGUUUUUGGAGUCUAAUUAGACCUCAGUGGCUCCGGUUCUCUGAUUCAUCAUUUCUUUAAAGAUUCAAUCUUGGGUACUUGCUUGUUUUGUUCCUGGAGUUCAAUGUUUGAAGGUGGCGAAGAUAGUAAAAUGUAUGGAUUGAAAGUGACUACUAGACACAAGCGUUCAAAGAGCUUCCCAGAUAAGAAAAGAGUCGAGGAAGAUGACUUAGAUAGUUCCUUUGAAGCAUCCAGCCGCAUAAAGCUGAAUAUGGGGCUCUUGAAAUACUCUGCCAAAGCCGAGAAGAAACAAUCCCCUAAGACCGAAAUGCAAGAUUCUUUGAAGCAAGAGAUUCUACAGCUUGAGAAAAGAUUACAAGAUCAGUUUCAGGUCCGUUGGGCUCUUGAAAAGGCAUUGGGUUAUAGGACUUCUUCCCAUGAGAGCAUGUCUGAGCUGUCAAUGCCUAAGCCAGCCACAGAAUUAAUCAAAGAAACUGCAGCAUUAGAGUUGGAAGUUGUAUAUCUGGAACAAUAUCUUCUCUCCCUGUACCGGAAGGCAUUUGAUCAACGAGCAUCCUUGGUUUCCCCAUCUAACCAGGAUCAAAGUUUAAAAACCCCUGUCACAACCCCGAGACGAAGGUUGUUUGAUGUUUCCAGGCCUGAUAUAUCAAAGAAGGAAACUUCAGCUACUGAAACUGCUUGUCAGUCACUUGACAAUACAUGGAAGGAAACCAAUAGAAUAGGAGGAGAGGAGAAACUAUUAGAUUCUGGAGUUCAUCGAUGUCAGUCUUUAUUGUCCCAAAACACUACAUUUUCAAAUAGAGCCUCUCCUCCAUCAGAAUCUUUUGGUAGAGCUGUGCGUGCAUGCCAUACGCAGCCAUUGUCCAUGAUGGAGUACGCCCAGAGUGCAUCAAACAUUAUUAGUUUGGCUGAGCAUCUUGGUACUCGCAUUUCUGAUCAUGUUCCAGAGACACCUAACAAGCUUUCAGAGGAUAUGAUAAAGUGCAUGUCAGCUAUAUACUGCAAGCUUUCAGAUCCACCUUUGACACAUAAUAGCCUUUCAUCUCCCAGUUCAUCUUCACCAUCCAUGAGUGAAUUUUCCCCACGAGAACAAUGUGAUAUGUGGGGUCCGGGAUUUAGGAAUAAUUCAUCCUUUGACAUACGGUUGGAUAACCCUUUCCUUGUUGAAGGUCUGAAAGAGUUCAGUGGACCAUACAGUACAAUGGUUGAAGUCCCAUGGAUCUAUAGAGAUAGUAAAAAAUUAGGAGAUGUUGAAAACUUGCUACAAAAUUUCAGAUCACUUAUCUGUCGACUAGAGGAAGUUGAUCCUAGGAAGCUAAAACAUGAGGAGAAGCUAGCUUUCUGGAUCAAUAUACACAAUGCGUUGGUGAUGCAUGCAUUUCUGGUGUAUGGGAUUCCCCAAAACAAUGUUAAGAGGCUCUUUCUACUUUUGAGAGCUGCAUAUAAUGUCGGGGGUCAUACAUUUAGUGCAGACACGAUACAGAGUUCUAUCCUUGGAUGCCGGAUGUCUCGUCCUGGACAGUGGAUUCGAACAUUACUUUCAUCAAAGUCCAAAUUCAAGACAGUAGAGGAUCGGCAAGCAUAUGCAACUGACCAUUCAGAACCGCUUUUGCACUUUGCACUAUGUUCAGGAAGCCAUUCUGAUCCUGCGGUCCGUGUCUACACUCCAAAGGGAAUAAUUCAUGAGCUUGAAGCUGCGAAGGAAGAGUAUAUCCGAGCAACCUAUGGCGUACGCAAGGACCAGAAAAUCCUGCUUCCAAAGAUUGUGGAAUCGUACACCAAGGAUUCAGGUUUAUGUCCUGCGGUUGUUCUUGAAAUGAUCCAAAAAACUUUGCCUGCUACUGUAAGGAAGUGUCUUAAGAAAUGUCAGCUAGGAAAACCUCGUAAGACCAUUGAAUGGAUUCCGCAUAAUUUUACUUUUCGGUACCUGAUAUCUAAAGAGCUGGUAAAGUGACUGCUUCCGUGUGUCAAAAAGUUUAAUAGUAUUCGACCUCCUCUAUUCAUUCACAUAGCUCUCAAGGUUCUCAUAUUUUGAGAUUUUAAAUUUUUUCCUUGUAUAUAUUAGGAGAUGAAGUCUGAAAUGGUGGGAUAGAACAAUGCGAUAUUUUGUUUUGUAUAAUGAAAUCUCGAUUCCGCCU